AGAAUGUUGGCCGGGAUGCAUUCACCCGCAUCGCCUUCAGCUCAGUCACAGGCACCGCCGCCGACGCCCUGCAAAUCGCCCAUCCUGGACGUGACCGAGACCCUGUCACUUCAUAGCGAGAUGGAGCUGGAACUUGAACCGAAAAAAGCGUUGUAUUCCUUUGGAGCCCCGCACAGUCACGGUCACAGCCACAGUCAUAGCCUACGUCUGCCAGGCCUCAGUAUUCCCAACCUGAUCAAUGGCAAGAAUUCCACUCUGCCCGCCUUCGAGUACAUCGCUCCGCCGAACCACGCCCUGCAGGCCCUGGAGUUUCCACUGAUGGAGUUGACAUCGAACGAGGCGGCGAAGUCACGGGAUGCCCGCAAGAUCCGAGAGGAUCGCAUUGCCUUUCGGGCCGCUCUUCUCGAGCAGGAGAAUUCCAUUCUACGGGCUCAGGUGCUGGCCCUACGCGACGAAUUGCAGACGGUGCGGCAGCUCCUGGGCGACACCGCCGCCGGUGGCCUGCUGUCGAUGCCUCGCCAGAUGUGA